AUGUUAGACAUGAUUUGUCUGCUCGAGAUCUUUCAACCGAAAAUCAGGAAGAAGGAGGAUUUUUGGGAAUUUAUUCUACAAACCUUCAGAGAAAAGAGCUUCUCUGAAAUCUGGUGGCAUCCUCCAGUGCGUUCUAUGCAGAUCUUCUGUUGGUCACGAUUUUUUUUAGAAUUGUUGAGUCAGAUCCAACAUCAAAUGCAUUAUGCAUAA